CAGAUAUACUAUGGUUAGAAUAGGUGUUUGUGUAAUUUUACCGUACGUAUAACGUAACUGGAUGAUUAUUAUUUAUUUAAAUGUAUUUAAAUAAGUUGAGCUGUUGUGCUUCUGUCGAUCUUUAAAGUCCCCAUUGGUCACGUCGCUUUACGCUGAAAUCCUCCGUUAGCUGUGCGUAGCCGCUAACUUGACGGUCGGCGGACGCGCAUCAGCUGUACGGAGAGAAACACUGACCCAGUUUACUGCACCGGGACAGCACCGACGACGACACGGCGGAACACGGCGACCGACCCGGAGCGACGGUCUGACCCGCUGCCUGCCACCGUCAGUUCCCAGUUGCGCUUCAGAAUCCACGCCGCCGCCGGAGGAUCCCGGUCGGUGGAUCGGAGGUGUCAGCAGCUGUUAGCCGCAAGGUGCUUUAACCGGAUUAUCCAGGUGGGAUACGUUAAGCCAGAAGAAGCAGUGCGUGGGCUGUGGUGUCAUCAGAGGAAGCUCCAUCAACCUGAGGAAGCACUCAGAGAGGCUGGAUUGGUCUGAACACACAUCAUUGUUCAGCUGGAGCCUCUGAGGAGGGUGUAAUGGCCGAGCUGUCAUCAGUCCAGGUGACCGAGGCCACCUGAGCGUCAGCAGCAGCCUCUGGACGUUCACAGGAACUAAAAAUCCUCCCUGUGGCUUCAGCAGCUUCAAGGAGGAGGAACAACGUGAUCGGAUCGCUCACAUUUUCUGCUGUGGAUUUAUUUUUACCUGCAGCUUCCUUUUCUCUGUUUCCUACCUGGGCCAGAAAAACAAGCACAGCGGGAUCACUGAGUGUUUGUGGGUUUAUCUGAGCUGCUGAUUACAGCAGAGGAGGCUGUGGGAGGUCAGCAGGCAGGAAUGGAGAUCCACGGUACAGCGUCGCCUCGGAGCAGCUGAGCCGGUGAAGCUCCCUGCGGCGGCCAUGUUGGCUCAGGUGUCGACCUGUCUCCACCUGUCGCUGCCGACCUAACUCCUCCUCUGCUCUUCCUGCUUCCUUCUUCCACCACCGGGCCGGGAGAAAGGUCCUUGGUCCUCGUGGAAAAUGUCCUAUGCACACCACAAGCUGCUCACCUGGAGCUUACCUCACCUCCUCCUCCUCCCGCUGAUCUACCUCUGGCUCCUGGCUCCGCCCACAGGUGUGUCGGCAGAUCUGUGCCGGGUCACCGGUGGGGUUCUGGGGAUCCACUGGACCAGCGUCCUCGGCCUGGGCUGGUACCCGCUGGCGGUCGGGCGAGGCGGUGCCACCUGCUGGGAGUCGUGCUGCAUGGAGCCCAAAUGUAGCGCCGUGUGGAGCCUCGGGGGGCGCUGUGUUCUCCUCAGCUGCUCCCUGAGGAGGAGCUGCUCCAUCUCCUCACUGCCCCAGCCCAACGAGGAGUCGCUGGGCCUCCUGCAGCUCCUCACCAAGGGUCCCGUCAGAAUGAGACGUAGGAAACCUCGUCAUGCAGCCCACGGUGGAAACCACAGAGCAAACACUGGACCGGCUACCAGCACGGAGACCUCCAGGCUGGAAACCUCUCCCCCGACCCCGGCAGCGUCCAGCCCCAUCACACUUCUCCAGACAUCCCAGAAUAACCACAGCCAGCCGGCCAAUGGGAGCUCAGACGUGGUUCCUGCUGCCCAGCAGAACUUUACGGCUGACGCCUCCUCUGAAGCUGCGUCUUCCAACAGCAGCGGCGGCAGCUCACCGACGGAGGCUAACGCUGCGGCUAACGCUGAGGCUAACGCUGCCACCACGGCUCCGACUCAGGCUGUGAAGGAGCUGGUGGUGUCGGCAGGCGUCAGCGUCGAGGUAACGCUGCCCAGAAACGAGGUCGAACUCAACGCCUUUGUGGUCCCUCCGCCUCCGUCAGGGACCAACUAUGCAUUCGACUGGCGUCUGAUAACUCAUCCCAAAGAUUACAGCGGGGUGAUGGAGGGGAAGCACAGCAAGACACUGAAGCUCAGCAAGCUGACGGUGGGUCUGUAUGAGUUCGAGGUGACGGUGGACGGAGACGGAGCUUACGGAGAAGGUUACGUUAACGUCACCGUUAAACCAGAGCCGCGGGUAAACAAGCCUCCCGUCGCCGUGGUUUCCCCAAAGUUCCAGGAGAUCUCGUUACCGACGAGCUCGACGGUGAUCGACGGCAGCCAGAGCACCGACGACGAUAAGGUGGUGUCGUGGCACUGGGAGGAAGUGAAAGGUCCUCUGAGGGAGGAGAAGGUCUCUGCUGACACCCAGGUCCUCACCCUGACCAGCCUGGUGCCGGGAAACUACACCUUCAAUCUGACGGUGACCGACUCAGACGGAGCCACUAACUGGACUCUGGCCACCCUCUCCGUCAACAAAGCCAAGGACUACCGGCCGGUGGCCAACGCCGGCCCCAACCAGGUCAUCCAGCUGCCCCGGAACCACAUCAGUCUCUACGGCAACCAGAGCACCGACGACCACGACUCGCUGUCCUACGAGUGGUCGCUGAGCCCGGAGAGCAAAGACAAAGUGGUGGAGAUGCAGGGCGUCAGGACGCCCAUCCUGCAGCUGUCGGCCAUGCAGGAGGGAGACUACACCUUCCAGCUGACGGUGACGGACUCGUCCGGACAGCAGGACACGGCUCAGGUCACCGUCAUCGUACAGCCCGAAAACAAUAAACCUCCAUCAGCGGACGCCGGACCAGAGAAGGAGCUGACGCUGCCCGUGGACAGAACCACGCUGGACGGCAGCAAGAGCAGCGACGACCAGAAGAUAGCCACGUACCACUGGAAGAAGACCAGCGGUCCUGACGGUGUGAAGAUUGAAAACGCAGACAGUGCUGUUGCCACGGUGACGGGUCUGGAGGUCGGUACGUACGAAUUCACCCUGACGGUGACGGACGACAGGAAGCUGGAGGACAGCGACACGGUGACGGUCAUCGUCAAGGAAGAGGUGGACCAUCCUCCGGUGGCUCAUGUCGUGUCGAGUCCGGCCGUCGUUCUUCCCGUCAGGACGGCCACCCUGGACGGAUCCCACUCCACAGACGAUAAGGGUGGAGUGAGCUACCUGUGGACCAGAGAGGACAGCAGUCCUGCUGCUGGGGAUGUGCUGAACAACUCUGACCACCAGGCGGUGCUGUUUAUGGGAAACCUGGUGGAGGGAAAGUACAGCUUCACCUUGACAGUAACGGACAGUAAAGGACAAAGCAGCAGCGACAGAGGAACCGUGGAGGUCAAAGCAGACCUGUGGGAGCGUGACCUGGUGGAGCUGGUGCUGGAGGUGUCGGUGUCCCAGGUGUCCCACCGCCAGCGGGACAUGCUGCUGCGACAGGUGGGCGUCCUACUGGGCGUGCUCGACAGCGACAUCAUCGUACGAGAGAUCAGCGCUUUCAACGAGCACAGCACUCGUUUGGUCUUCCUGGUGUCAGGCGGUCAGGGGCGCCCUCCUCUGUCCGGUCGCAGCGUUGCACUCGGCCUCCGCAAUAAGCUACGCAAACAGAAGAACGACUUCCUGAUCUACAAGGCCCGACGAGUCGAUACCGUCAUCUGUCAGCUGAACUGUUCCAGUCAUGGAGAAUGCGACUCGUUCACCCGCCGCUGCGUCUGUCAUCCUUUCUGGAUGGAGAAUUUCAUCAGAGCUCAGCUGGGAGACGCAGAGAGCAACUGUGAGUGGAGCGUUCUCUACGUCACCAUCGCCUCCUUCAUGAUGGUGGUUGCCGUGGCGACGCUGGUCUGGGGUACCGUGUGCUGCUGCAACAGGAGGAAGAGCAAAGUGAGGAGAAGCAAAAGCAGAUAUAAAAUCCUGGAGGACGAGCAGGACAGUCUGGAGCUGCAGCCGCCCAGAGCGGCCCGUCUGAAGCCGGUUCCUGCUCCCACCUCCUCGGCCCUCAUGCACUCGGACUCGGACCUGGACAGCGAGGACGGUCAGGGCGGCGUUCCGUGGACGGAGCAGGAGCGAGGCCAGCUGCUGAGGCCCCAGAACGGGUCCCUGAGGAACGGCCAGGGUCCGGCCCGACCCAAGAAGCAACGAGAGGAGCUGCUAUAGCAGGACAGGAGGAGGAGAACCUCAGCCCUCCAUCCCUGAAGACCUGAGCAGCAGGAGGGGAGACCUCCUGGACCGGACCUGCUGCAUCUGAGCCACCAGAACUCAGGCUUCAGACCAGAUCCCUGAAAUCCACCAGACCUGAGGAAUGUACUGCUGAAGAACUUCAACACCAGCCUCUGUAGACACGCAUGUUCACAGCAACACGCCACCGCUCCAGGUGGACCAACCAAACACUGCCAUGUUCAACCACCGGUCAGAGGAGGAACCGCACCUCCUCCUGGACCUCCUCCUGGGCCUCUGAGCCGGCUGCAUGUUCUACGUGGGCUCUGUGAGGACUUUGUGGCUGCGGUGCUCAAACAGUUUGUGUGUUUUAUGUGAUUUUAACCCACAGAGACGUUUAGAAGAACCUGGAGGCUGCAGGAGUCACUGGAACACUGGAAGAACAUGGAGCUCCUCAUCCUGAUGCUUGAAGCACCACCACUGACUUCCUGUGACUAGACGAUGACUCGAUGACUAGACGAUGACUAGACGAUGACUCGAUGACUAGACGAUGACUAAAUGACUAGACGAUGACUAGACGAUGACUAGACGAUGACUUAGACGAUGACUUAGACGAUGACUAGACGAUGACUAGAUGACUAGACGAUGACUAAAUGACUAGACAAUGACUAGACGAUGACUAGACGAUGACUAGAUGACUAGACGAUGACUAGACGAUGACUUAGACGAUGACUAGACGAUGACUAGAUGACUAGACGAUGACUAGACGAUGACUAGACGAUGACUUAGACGAUGACUAGACUCCUCUGUGAACUUUGAUUGAACUCAUCUCGUGUCUGAAGGAGUCGUCUGCGAUGGUUGAAGGUUGAGCCAUAAAAAUGCUGCAUCCACAGUUUAUUUUCUGGAGGAAACGUCCAGAACCUCCUUUAGUGGUUUUAAUGAAUCCUGGACUUUAGUCUGAAUCUCUUAAUUCUCUGUUCAGUCGUUUUGUCUCUGAACUCUGUUUGUUGAAGGAUGGAUUCACAGUUUUAUUUUCAGGGGCUAAACCAGCAGUUUAACAGGUUUUAGUGGCUGCAGCUUUUCUUCUUCUGCUCAUAGCGGCUGAUAAACCUCUGAACUCUGCAGAUUCAGUUUAACUCAGCGUGGUUCAUUUUUAAUCUGAACUCCUGCAGCUCUGCAGAAACACAAUGAAGGAGAACCGUCUUCUGUCAGAAGGACUCAGAAUGACAGAAAUAGGAAAAAAUACACAUUUAUUUGGUUAUUUAUUGUAAUUUACUAAAUAAUGUGAAAUCUCAAAUGUCAAAGUUGCUCAAAAUUUUUCCAGAAUGACUCAGAAUUUUUCAUAAAUGAUGAAAAAUGUCCAAAAUGACUAAAAAUGCUAAAAAAGUUCUUAGUCUGUCCAAGAUGACCUGAAAGCAGAUGGAAAUCUAUCAGAAAUUUGUCCAAAAUGACUCAAAAAGUUCACAAAAUGCCUUAAAUCUGUCCAAAAUAUCUCCAAAUGUUUUUAAAAACCAUCAAAUCUGUGCAAAAUGACUAAAAAUGCGUCCUCAGUGACCACAAUUCAUCCAAAACAACUCAAAGUUUUCCCAAAAUGACCUAAAUCUGUCCAAAACGGCAAAAAAUGCCUUGAAAUCUGUGCAAAGGACAAAAAUGAUUGAUUUGAAGACGUGGAAUGUGAAGAGACUCUUUGGUAACGUCACACUUUAACUGGAGUUCAUUUAAAGUCCUGCAGCUCUGAGGAACCAGAAUGAAGAAGAGACGAUCAGAAAGAUGUGGAAAGACACAAAUGAGAAAAACACUGAAAAAUACAUCAGAUCAGCAAAUGCAACCUGCUUCUACAAGUCCUCAGACGGUAGAAGAACAAAUGUUGGCUCCACAUGUUGGAGAUGUUUAGCUCCACUUUCUGUUUGUUGAACUCGUCCUGCAGUUCAAAACUCUGAUUUCUGUCUUCUGACUGUAGAUCUCAGCUGAGUCCCUGAAGGAACACAGAAUUUUUAGUUUUUUACAGAAUCAGGUCUGAAUCAAGGGUUUAUUUUUGGUGAAUAUUUAAACUUCAUGUCCAGGAAGCUGAAGAUCAGAUGAUUCUUCCUCACAGUUUGGUUUUUAUUCCAAAGAGGAUCCAGUUUCAAACCUGCUGGCAGGUUUCAGGGUUCAGAGGUUUGGAGGUCAAACAAACAAAAACAAACACUGAGAGAGGUCUGAAGAAACAGAAACAGGAUGUUGAGUUACCAUGACGACACCACUGGACUCCGCCCACCGGCUGCUCUGCUGCAUGCGCUGCAGACUGAUGGAGGCGGAGCUUGUUCUGCAUCAGUUUCCAGCAGAUUGAGAAACUGAUGCAUAAACCUGUGAAAUGACGACAGUGUUCAGCUGCUGCUCGUGAUCAUAACUGUGAGGAGAUAUUUUAAUAUGUUUGACUGAUUUUUUAGUAAAAACAGUGAAUCCAUCCUUUCAAACUGACACCAGUAGGAGCAAAUCUGUGGAACCAGAGUGAAAUCUGUAACAAUAAACCCAAUAGGUGUCUAAAAUUAACCAUCAUUUGUCAAAAUUACCCAAUAAUUGUCUAAAAUUAUCUAUAGUUUGUCAGAAGUACUCAAUAAUUGUCCCAAAUUAACCAGAAUUCAUCAAUAUCACUCCAUAAUUGUCUACAAUUAACCAUAAUUUGUCAGAAUUAUUCAAUAAUUGUUCAAAAUUAACCAGAAUUCAUCAAAUUUACUCAAUAAUUCUGCAAAAUAAACCAUAAUAUGACAAAAGUACUCAAUGAUUGUUCCAAGUUAUUCAAUGAUUGUUCCAAAUUAACAUAAUUUGUCAAAUUUACUCAAUAAUUGUCCAAAAUAAACCUAAAUUUGUCAAAAUUAACCAAUAUUUGUCCAAAUAUUUUCCCCACAUUAACCAUAAUUUGUCAAAUUGUCUUAAUAAUUGUUCAAAAUUAACCAAACUUUGCCAAAAUUGCUCAAUAACUAUCUAAAAUACACCAUAAUAUGUCAAAAUUACUCAAGAAUUGUCUAAAAUGAACCAUAAUGUUCCUAAACUGAAUCAACUUAAUUUCCCUUUGACUGAAUAAAACGGGGUUUUGGUGUCAUUUUCUUUCACAGCGAUCAUUUCACUGAUUCCACAGAUUCCCUCUGAUGGUUCCAGUUUAGAGAUGGAGCUUCACUAAAAUCUUCUGGACUUCCUCUACGUUUGGAGUCCAGACGGUUUGUUGGGGGGCGGAGCUUCACUAAAAUCUUCUGGACUUCCUCUACGUUUGGAGUCCAGACACGUCAUUGGUCCAGACGGUUUGUUGGAGGGCGGAGCUUCACUAAAAGCUUCUGGACUUCCUCUACGUUUGGAGUCCAGACGGUUUGUUGGGGGCGGAGCUUCACUAAAAUCUUCUGGACUUCCUCUACAUUUGGAGUCCAGACGGUUUGUUGGGGGCGGAGCUUCACUAAAAUCUUCUGGACUUCCUCUACGUUUGGAGUCCAGACGGUUUGUUGGGGGGCGGAGCUUCACUAAAAUCUUCUGGACUUCCUCUACGUUUGGAGUCCAGACGGUUUGUUGGGGGGCGGAGCUUCACUAAAAUCUUCUGGACUUCCUCUACGUUUGGAGUCCAGACACGUCAUUGGUCCAGACGGUUUGUUGGGGGGCGGAGCUUCACUAAAAGCUUCUGGACUUCCUCUACGUUUGGAGUCCAGACGGUUUGUUGGGGGGCGGAGCUUCACUAAAAUCUUCUGGACUUCCUCUGCAUUUGGAGUCCAGACGGUUUGUUGGGGGCGGAGCUUCACUAAAAUCUUCUGGACUUCCUCUACGUUUGGAGUCCAGACGGUUUGUUGGGGGGCGGAGCUUCACUAAAAGCUUCUGGACUUCCUCUACGUUUGGAGUCCAGACGGUUUGUUGGGGGGCGGAGCUUCACUAAAAUCUUCUGGACUUCCUCUACGUUUGGAGUCCAGACGGUUUGUUGGGGGCGGAGCUUCACUAAAAUCUUCUGGACUUCCUCUACGUUUGGAGUCCAGACGGUUUGUUGGGGGGCGGAGCUUCAUCUGAGCUUCUUCGUUCUUUCACUGCAUGCAGAAUGUGAAUCCACCUUUCUGAGCCACUCUUUCUGUGUUGCUUCAGAGAAACACGUCUAACGUUCUGUUCCUUUUUUAAACGUCUUUCUGAUUAUUUGUCCUGAGGCAAACCAAACGCAGCGCCACCUAGUGCCACCCUGUAGAGUCUGUCUUCUGAUUGUUUCUGCUCGUUUAGCGACACUAAUCCAGCUUCUCUUCUUCCGUUUGCACCAUCCUGGAUCUCUGGAAGUGACUUGACCUCGACUCGCUGAGUCCACUGUGAAGGCAGACGGAGAACGUGUGAAUGAGGGGCUUUGAUUGGUUUCUGGUUUUAAAUAAAGUUUUAGUGAAGGAUCUCCCCUUCCUUUGUGUCUGUGACCUGAUGCCACUGGAUCAUCUGUAAAUUCAAAUAAAAUGUUUUGCUUUGUUCA